CACAGCUUCCUGUACUGUAGUGAUACUGUGGAACCACAAUUGCGGAAUAAACCGUGAUGAUCUGACAUGAAAACUAUGGCUACACAAGCAAAACAUGGCCAUCCUCCACUUUGUCUCUUUGUAGUGAUAAAUCUUGUUCAGGCUCUUCAAGGACUCAGCAUUGAGCAUGAUCGAGCUGUUGCUACAUCCCCUGGUGAGAAUAUCACUUUAAAAUGCAUCCUGCAAGGAAAACAAAAUACUGCAGUUGUGCAGAUUCAAUGGAGCAAAGAAACCAAUAAUAACUCAAAUACCUUUAUAGUUGCUAAUCAUAGAUUUGGCACCUUUCAAGAUAUGAAGUCUGUUAAGUUUGAAUCACAAUUACCAACCAAUGGAACAGGAAGCAUUCAUUUCACAAAUGUACAAGUGUCUGAUUCUGGAACAUACACGUGUUCGUUUGUCACUUUUCCAACUGGAAGUCUAAAGGUGUCAACCAUUCUCACUGUUGUUAAAGAAGUUAUUUCACCGAUCGCACUUGAAGUAAUGCUGAACAGCAAAAUACAACUCCCCUGUGGCUUCAACAUUCCUGCAAAGCACGAUAUUAGACUGACAUGGUUUAAAAAAAGCAAUGGAACUUUUAAAAAACUUUUUCAUUCAAAUGGUCUUGGAAUUGAAAUUAAUAAUUCCAGUCAAUACAAAGAUAGAAUUCAACUGGAUGCAAAUUAUAGUUUGGAGAUCAAUCCUGUCCUGGCAGUGGAUGAUGGAGAUUUCAUAUGUCAGGUGGUGACAUUGCAUGGUCAAGAAACCAACAUCACAACUAAAGUUUAUGUAUUUGCUGAACCAAUGAGUCCACAGAUUCAUGGGGAAUUAAACUAUUUUCCUUUGAACAAACUACACUUGAAUGCUACCUGUAUCUCACAAGAAGCAUAUCCAGAGCCAAAUAUCACAUUCUACUUGGAUGAAUUUCCUCAAGAUGGGGAUAAUGAUUCUGUUACAGUAUCAGAAGUCUUCCAGGACUCAAACGGCUUUUAUGAUGUGAAGAAAAGAUUGUCCAUAGAGCUUAAAGCAGACCAAUGGAGGUUUGUUUGGUGUGAUGCUGUGUUCUCACUGCCGGGAAAUAAGAGCAGAGUUAUACAGUCUAAAAAGAUAUCCCUCAAUAACUAUCUGAGUAACAUUGAGUUUACUCCUGAGGGUCCCUAUGAGGUGUUUCUUGAAGAUGCUCUGAACAUUUCAUGCCAUGUCAACUGUUCAGUGAUUCCACGUUACAGAUGGACAAAGGUUAAUGGGACAGUAUCAAAUUCCAAUCUGUUGAUCUUGAAAAAUAUAACUGAAGAGACUGCUGGAAUGUAUAUCUGUGAUGCUAAUAUUCCAGGGACGAAUCUACAUCACAGUUCUUACAUUAAUGUCACCAUUAAAGAUCCACAUGGAACAUCUACAGGACCAACUGUGUUCACUUCCGAUUCUGCAACGAAUUCAACAGGCAUUGAAUCCUAUACCAACACCGAUUUGACUACUAGCAUUCAGCUAUCAAUUGCCACUGGCUCAUCCACCAUCUCAGGAGACUCUACCAGCACUGAAGUAUUUACUAGUGCUGGGUUGUCCACCACUAUGCAAUCAUCUGAAACAGUGACUGCCCUUGGACCAUCUACCAGCAUUGCAUCAUCCAGCAGUACAAGAUCACCAGUCACCAUUGAAUUAUCCACCAGUGAGACACAGCAUACCACCAUCCAGUCAUCAACUAGCUUUGAGUUAACCAACAGUACCAAAUCUUCAAUGGAAGAUACAAAAAUAUCAACCAAUAAUACCAAAUCAUAUACAACCAUGAAUUAUUUCAACCAGACAAGCACCAUUGGUAAUCAUGUUACUACCAAAGACUCUGAAGACACUGUGUCAGUGGCAGUGGUGGUAACUGUAAUUCUGAUCUUGGUGAUCUGUACUGCUGUAUUAUCAUAUCUCAUCAGACACUGGCAAGUCAGGAAGAAACUUAACGGACCACCACCAUUCAAACCCCCUCCUCCACCGAUAAAGUACACAGCUAUUCAGGUAUCGCCACAGGGUGAAGUCAACUAAUGAAGAGGAUGCUGAUGUAUUUGGAUUUUCAGCAUCAUACAGUUUCAAAUUGUGGUUUUUUGGUGCAAUAUCUACAUCUUUUUUAAUGCUUUUAGCAUAGCAAGCAUUUAUCAUUAAUACUCUGCCAUUCAGAGGAAAUAUUUGCGUUCUAAAACACCUGUAUAGUUUUUCACAAAGUAUUUGUACACAUUAAAGUUUCAUGUUAAUUUUUCUGAAUUCAAUGAAGAAUAUUAUAUAUAGUAAGCAUUUAGGUCUGUAGGAGAAAAGGAUUAAAAGAUCAAUGAACUUA